AUGGAGACAUAACCAUUGCCGGUGAAGGGUUGUAAAAUUUAGGCCUAUGCUCGGUGCUUACAGCCUUUGAGCAGGGAGGGACAUCUGCUGUGAUACAGGGCCUUUCCACACCUGCUAUAACAUGAGGCCUUGGUUUUUGCAGUCUCAUCUGAAGGACCACCCCAUUUAGUUGGCUCUUACGACAAACAAGGGUGCUAAGGACCUACUCUAGCCUAGAUCCCCAAAGUUGUGAUAGGUUUUAUGACAAUGUUGGAGUGAAAGAGAAGAAUUAUCCAAACAAGAUGCUAGAUGCAAGCAAGUGGCCAAUUUUCAGCAUUCUUGAACAAGAGGAUUUGGAAAAAAUAAAGAAAAUUUGUGUGUUUGGAAGUUCAGGAAAUGAAGCAUUAUAUAUAACAAAUGGAGAUGAAGUGUAUGCCAUUGGAUCUAACUGCAGCAGCUGUCUGGGACUGGGGGAUGCCCAUAGUAGCUUUGAACCUAGAAAAGUGGAAGUCUUGUGCAAGAAGAAUAUUGUGGAUAUAGCUUUCGGCAGCGGACCCCAUGUACUAGCUGUGUCAAAAAAUGGUGAUAUGUACAGCUGGGGCCACAAUGGGUACUGUCAGCUAGGAAAUGGGGGGUCGGGACAGGGAUUGACUCCUACACUCAUCAGUACCAACCUACAAGGGAAAAAAAUUCUACGAGUGGCUUGUGGCAGCCAUCACUCCCUGGCUCUUUCACAGGAGGGAGAGAUAUAUGCUUGGGGACAGAACAAUUGUGGACAAGUUGGUUCUGGAACAACAACAAAUCAACCAACACCAAGAAAAGUUGUUGCAGUCAUAGGUUCUAAAAUGGCGUUGUCCAUUGCCUGUGGCCAGACUUCAUCUAUGGCUCUGUUAGAUAAUGGAGAGGUGUAUGGAUGGGGUUACAACGGCAACGGACAACUAGGACUCGGUAAUAAUGUUAACCAACCAAAUCCAUGUCGUGUUCAACAACUGCAAGGUGUCAUCAUAUCCCAGCUGGUGUGUGGAUAUGCUCACACUCUGGCUCUGUCUGAUGAAGGAGUUUUAUAUUCUUGGGGAGCAAAUUCUUAUGGACAGCUAGGUACUGGUAACAAGGCCAAUCAGGUGUCACCUUCCAAAGUCACGAUAAAUGGUGAAAGAAUGGUAGAGAUAGCAGCCAGUCAUUAUGCUCACAUAUCUGCUGCCAUGACAGAGACGGGGUCUGUGUAUAUGUGGGGUCAAUGUCGGGGUCAAUCCCUGACCUCCCCAAUGCUCACUAAGUUCACCUGCACUGAUGAUGUGUUCUCUGCAUUCUCUUCCCCAUUAGUGACGUGGAGAACAUACAAUGUGGAUCACAUAAAAGGUUCCAGUAUUAUUGAGAGUCUGACUAAAGCUUUUGAUGACCCAAUAACUUCUGAUAUCAAGUUUUCAGUGGAAGGGAGGGAUAUAUAUGUUCACAAAUCUGUGCUCAAAAUAAGGUGUGAACACUUUCGCAACAUGUUCCAGUCUUGCUGGGAUGAAGAUGGGAGAGAUACCAUAGAAGUUAGUCAGUUUCCCUACACAGUGUACAAAGCAUUCCUACAAUAUCUCUACACAGACCAAGUCAAUCUGAAACCAGAGCAGGCCAUAGGUUUGCUAGAUCUGGCUAAUGCCUACUGUGAGCCGUCAUUGAAGCGUAUAUGUGAGCAGAUCAUCAAAAAGGGAAUAACUACAGACAACGUGGCCAUGUUGUAUGCAGCUGCUGUCAAGUUUGAAGCAAAGGAUCUGGAGGAGUUUUGUUUUCGCUUUGCUUUGAACCACAUGACAGUAGUGACACAAACACAAGCCUUUGGACAGUUGGAUGAAUCCGUUCUCAAAGAGUUUAUACGCAAAGCAGCCAUGUCUGGAGCUUUCAAGUACUGACUACAGGAAAGGGCCGGUAUGUUGCAGCUUGUAGACAGUGAAUGACAAACAAAACUACGCUAAACUAUGAUUUCGCAUCUUCAAUUAAGAAAUUAUUUUCUAGUUUAUAUCUUUCAUGGGAAAACACUUGUUGUGACUGAUUUUUUUCAUUGGAAACCUUACAUGAAGCAGUGAUAUCUAAAUCUACCCAAUACCUGUAUUCUAAAACACUUCUAGCAAGUGCAUUCAUGUACAUGGAUAUUAGGUAUGUAAAGGGAUAAAUACUUCACUAAGCAUUUUACUUAUAUAUACCAUUCAUGAAAUUAUAGGAACCUUCAAAAACUGGAAUUUUAUAAUUUACCAAUGGAGGCAUGAAGUACAUGUAACUGAUGCAAUUGUAUUCAACAGAUCCAAGAGACAGUCUACUUUAACCUCAUCCUCACUAUAUCAAGUUAUAGUGAUUACAUAGAUGUAACUCCACACAUCCUCACAAUGUCAAGUGUUUAGUGAUGACAUAUCUCACACAAGUAUUUAGUGAUGAUGUACCCCACACAAGUGUUUAGUGAUGACGUACCCCACACAAGUGUUUAGUGAUGACGUACCCCACACAAGUGUUUAGUGAUGACGUACCCCACACAAGUAUUUAGUGAUGAUGUACUCCACACAAGUGUUUAGUGAUGACGUACCCCACACAAGUGUUUAGUGAUGACAUACCACACACAAGUGUUUAGUGAUGACAUACCCCACACAAGUGUUUAGUGAUGACGUACCCCACACAAGUGUUUAGUGAUGACGUACCCCACACAAGUGUUUAGUGAUGACGUACCCCACACAAGUGUUUAGUGAUGACAUACCCCACACAAGUGUUUAGUGAUGACGUACCCCACACAAGUGUUUAGUGAUGACGUGCCCCACACAGGGAGGGUACGUAAUCACAAAACCUCGACAUUGUGAGGAUGCUUUAACCUUGGUGACUUCCAACCUUGUAUUGAUGUAGUCAAUUAUCAAAAUCAAAAGCUUAUGGAGCACCAGAUUAAUAUAUACUCAAAUAACUGGAAGAUAUCUUUUCAACAUAAUGUGCAAUAAUUGAUUUGAUGCACUCAUUAAUUAAAUUGAUGAGAGCAAUAAUUGAUUUGAGGUGCAUAUUAAUUCAAUUGAUGAGAGCAAAAAUUGAUUUGAUUUGCACAUCAAUUAUUACUCUCAUCACAUCAAUUGAUAUGCACAUCAAUUUGGUGGAAUUAUUGCUUGCAAAAUUUUUAUUUGUACUAAGGGCUGUUCCAUUAAAACAUAUGAGGUACCCGGGGAAGGCACUUUAAAAUUUGGGUAACCACCCAUAGAAGCAUAAAAAUGUAAUGAGGGACCACUCACAGAAGCAAUUUUAGAUAGUGCGGCACCACCCAUAGAAGUGAAAUAAAUGUGAAAUACACUUUUUCUUUAAAUUCAAUAUGUAUGAAUGACUAUUUAUAACCCCUGAAUAGAGGUCUAUUUUCAGAUGUUCCCAAGCAUGAUAGUAAAGAGAAGAGUAUCUUCGGUGUCAUCACCAUUCAAAUAACUGGCCAUCAAUGAAGCUUGAUCAUAGAACCAUCAAUUUAUUUUAUCAAGACUGUCUUUCUUAAACAUGAUGAACUAAAUUAAUUUUAUAAGUCUACCUGUUCAUAAAAAGCCUAGUAUUGUAAAUGUUCAAAAACAACUAUGAAAAGUUUUAAAAUUGACUAGUAUUUUGAGUAUUAAAAAACAAGAAAAUGUGUCUCUUUACGUAAAUAAAAUGAUAUUCUAUGUUUCUUAGUCAAUAUAUAAAUUUACAACCUGCAACUUAAGAUUUGUGAGGCUCUAUUCUACCGUUUUCAACAAUUGCGAUAAAUUCCAAUUUCUCGAUUCAUAUUUGUGCGCCAUGUUUGAUGUACUGAAGUUUCAACUUCCGAUUGUCAAGUCAUUUGCAUAUGUCAUAUAAAGUAGUAUUUACAUCAAAGGACAAGUAUGGAGGCGAAAGCUAUUUCGUCGGUAUUGAAUUUAAUAUCAAGUUAAAAACCGAACAGCAGAGUGUAAAUUCUUUCUGCAACAAUAUGAUUUUCCUUUCUUUGUCGAAGUGGCUCAAGUAACUACAUUUUCGCGCUGAUUGUCAAUGUUUAGCUUUUUCAUUAGAUCCACCUACGAGAUUUCGCGAUAAAAAGCAUGGCGGAGCAGACGAAGAAUUUUGCAUGCUGUACAUUAUAUUUAAUGAAAAACACCUUUAUUAGACAUGCCCGAGCACAAAGUUGGUACUCCUUUUGGUGUAACUGUAAACAACAUUUGGGACAGUGCAGAGUUUAUUAUCGGUUAUUCAUAAAAUUAUUUUGCACCAUUACGGAGAUCCUAUGGAAUGGUAGCCUCAUCCCGAAAACGUCAGAAUAAAAAAAAAUUGGAUAAGGCUACAUUAUUGCAGCUAGAAAAAAAUCAAAAACCGUUUCAAUGGACCACGAGCACGUUUCGUUUUCCAUUUUGGACAAGGGAGAUAAUCCUAAUUUCCCGUCGGCGGUCACUAUAAUUUUAGAGUCAAACUGGAAACGAUAACCGGAUCGCGGAACCUCAUCGACCGAGAUAAAAUGAAGACAGAAAACGGCGUUCGUUUCACAUUCUACUUUCAACCCUUCCCUUCUCUUGUUGCAUUCCUCUCAGUUUCGGUAAAAAAUAAAGAUUUUAUCAAAACAACCACCCACAGAUGAAGUUUUCUGGCAGUAGGUACCCACCAUAUAUGCAAUUUUCUACCAAUGACAAGCACCCAUAGAUUUUUUUUUAAUUGCCGUCCCCGGGUACCUCAUAUGUUUUAAUGGAACAGCCCUAAGAUAUCUUUAAUCAUUUACGACACUUUUUUAUAAGGAAUUAAUGUGUGCAUCAAUUCUUUUAAAGAGAUCAACAAUUAAAUUAAAAUUAAUAUAAUUCAGUUCUGGAUAUAUUAUACAGGUGCUCUCCCUAGAAGAAUUACGAACAUUGAUUGAAUUAAUAAUAUCAUUAAUUCAAUUGAAGAGAGCAAUAAUUGAAUGCAUUAAUUGAAUUGAUGCGUGCAUAAAUAGUAUCAUUGCUCUCUUCAAUUGAAUUGCAAAUUGAAGAGAGCAAUUAUAGCACUCAAUUUCGCAGAAUAAUUAAUGCUAUCAACAAGUCAUUUAAUGUGCACAAUAAUUCAGAAUUGAAGAGAUCAUUAAUUAUUUGAUGAUAUCUUUUAAUAAUUGAAUUGUUGUGCAUAUCAAAUGAAAUGAUUAUACCUUCAUAUAAUUAAAGAUAUCUUCCAUUGAGUUCAGGUUCAUUUGGUGCUCCAUAAGAGCUUAAACCUUCCUUCCAAAUCAAGGUGGAAAAUAAAACAAAGUGAUAAAAAUAUAAAUGGUAUGUACAUGUAAGUACCAAGUCAACAAGUUGAUUGUACUUUUAUAGUAUGCUUAAUUUUGGUUAUAUAUGCUUUAGUCUAAAAGUGUUGUGAAAAGGUAAAACCACAAUGGAUUCAGACCCCGGAUUGCUUGGUUACUGACAAUUCAACAAAUCUGACCAGACAAGAAGUAUAAUACUUCAUACAUUUCCACAGUGUUCAUUAUAGCAGUGUUCCUUUGAAAAGUUGCAGAUGAAAUUUUGCAUCAGCUGUGAGUUUUGUACAGAAAUUAAAGAUGGCAUUUUAGUUAGGACGCUGGUAGUCUUUCAGACUUUGUAUCCAGUAUGACAAAUAUGCUGGAUGUCAGACUGCCAGGCUUAAUGAAUUGAUACGUGAUAUUCCAAUAUUUGUGAUGUAUAUUUUUGUUUAUUAUUUUCUUGUUUCAUAGAAUAAAGCUCUUAAAACAGA